AUGAUCGAUGUCAAGUGUAUUAUCGGUUACUGGUUAAUACGUGAUAAUGAGUUUUGUGAAAAAAUUGCUAUAUUACGUAAACGACGUUUGGCUGAUAAGAAAUAUGAGUUUUCUGAAGACAAUUCCGAAAACAUAAUUCCAUUUACUAAAAUGCGUUCAGCAAGUAAAUCUUAUAGUGCACCUUUAAGUGGUGCUUUGUCAAGCACCAGUAAUAGUCGCAAUUCAUAUCACCGUCCUUCACCCACUAACUAUCAUUUUCAUACUUCUCCGUGCGCCUCUCCAUCAUCAUCGCCGAGACCAUCAUCCAGUUUCGAGACACGACGUUGUACUCCUCCUCCUUUGCACAGAGCAUCUCCAAUAUCUUUACAACAAGGUUUUCGUUCACCUCCAUGUAGUUCUCCGGUAAGUGGUAGUAUUAUGCGCUCACCAAGCAGCCAUUUACCACCACCACACUCACUUUCGCAAGCUACGCAACAAAUGCUUAGUUUCAAACCAUUAGGUACACUUUCGCCAUUGCAAGUGUCAAUGACGAAACGCAAUUACAUGGAUCUGAGCGGCUCUAUGUCUCCAAACAGUAGCGUACCAUUUCUUUCACCACGACGCGAAGAAUAUCGCGUUGUGGAAAUUCCUUUGCAAGGCAGUUCUAUGCCAGAAAAGCCAGUUUGCACUAAGAAAUUUAAAAGACGCUAUGUCGAGGAAGACGAUGCUGCUUCAGUUAUAACAAGUGAAGAAGAUGAUUGUAUUUCUCCUGGUUAUCAUACUUCAUUGCCAGUAGAAGUACACGGAUCCUGUUAUUCCGAAAUGCAGAUGAUAUCUCAAACCACUUAUCAGCAGCUUUGUUGCGCUAGUGUGGUCAUUACUCAACACUCCUUUGACUUGGAAGCAUUUUCAUAUUAUGUGAUUAGUACACUUUGUCAAAAGAAUCAAAAGACCUACGAUGUAUUUUAUGACUGGGCCUAUGAAAUAAUUAACGUUUGUCCACUAAGUCAUACUAUUAUUUGUGUGCUAAUGGCUCAAUUCGCUGCAACAGACCAGCUUCCAUGUUCAAGCACAAACUGUUUUAAUUGCUCUAGAAAAUUAGAUUGCAUUUAUCAUCGACAUAAAUAUGAGUGUCGUAUACUUUUUUCAUGGAAUAUGGAAACUGGCGUAUGGGAUAUAUUGGAUUACGGUGAAUUAAUCGAAUAUAAAACCGUUAGUAAAGUACAACAAACUAAGAAAGUUACAGACGAUUUAGCUUGCCGGGCAAAAAAGAUUGCAAAUGAAUUAAGUACAAAUUUAAAGAAUAUUCAAGAUUACACAUGCAAUUUACGUGUGCUGGAAUCAGAUUUAAGGAAACCCAAAUCUUACAUAACUGAUCUUGAUAAUAUGUUGGAAUUUUAUUUAAAGAAGCCACAAAACAACGAUAAUUAAAUUUUACUAAGCUUUUAAUAUGUUAUACUCGUUAUCUUAGCUCAAGUCAUUUUAACACAAAAGACUAUUAAGAAUUUAAUUUAAAGUGCGUAUAUUAUAUAUAAAUUGUAUAUAUAUAAUACUGCACAAGUACUGAGCGCUAUAUAUAUUAUUAUUAUAAGUCUAUCGAUAUGGUGAUCAAUAUAAUAGUCAAACUUUAUCGAUAAUUCCUAAUUCUUUAGUAGUUAGUUUUGAUUGCAUAAAUUUUGAAAUGCAAGUAAAAAUGAAUUUAGCGGUCAUUGACGCUGUGAUUAUGGUUUUUUAUUUUAAUUUGAAUAUUUUUUACAAGUUCA